AUGCAAACGAGCAGGGAAGGCGGUGGUGGGCUGGUGAUGCAAAAGCACACCGACAUCAGCCUCACGCGCAUCCAGAACUUCAAGACGCGUUUCCUCCAGCCUCGGCUCUACCCCAAGGGGGCGAGCUGCCAACCGACCUGGUUCCGCGUAGUGUUCACCAUCCCAGCCGAGUGGAAGGACCACGAGGUUCACUUCCUGUGGGACUCCAGCUCCGAGGCGCUGCUCUACAUCGACGGCGAGCCGCUGCAGGCGUUCAAUGCCGCCGACGGCGCCGACAAGAAAGCCGAGUUCGUGCUCAGGAAGAAGGGCCAAGUCAAGGUUUUCUUCCACCUCAGCUCCCUCUUCUUCUUCCUCCUCCUCCUCUCCUUCUCACACAGCAUACUUGACUACAAGCUGAUGCUGGGCAAGACCUUCGCGCUCAAGACCUGCAAGCUCGCCCCCUUCGACGUCCGCGCGUGGGACCUCCUCUGGGACCUCGACAUCAUAUCGGACAUGGCCAAGCACGUGGGCGUGGACACAGUUCGCGGCGCGCAGGCCCUCUACGUUGCCAACUUGAUGGUGAACAUCGCCACGGAAGACCCCGAGACCUGGGCGGUCGCGCGGGAGGCCGGUCGGGAGUUCCUCGCCCAGGCCAACGGCGAUUCGGCGUUCGACCUGUACGCCGUCGGACACUGCCACAUCGACACUGCGUGGCUCUGGCCCUACGCGGAAACGCGCCGGAAGACGGCGAGAAGCUGGGUCACCCAGAUGCAAUUCAUGGAGGACUACCCGGAGUACAAGUUCGUACACCACUACUGGGCCGGCCAUCGCAUCUCAGCUGCGGCCAUCAUCAACCCAACUCAACUCAAUGACUACCCGUCCGUGUACGAGCGCCUGAAGGCCAAGGUGGCCUCGGGCCAGUUCCUCCCCGUGGGCGGCACCUGGGUGGAAAUGGAAUCGCUGGUCCGUCAGUUCCUCUUCGGUCAGCAGUACUUCAAGCGCGAAUUCGGCGCCUACUGCACCGAGUUCUGGCUGCCCGGACUCACUCCUGCGGCAAUCGCACGCGCACACAAAGACACGUUUGGCUACGCCUCGCAGCUGCCUCAGAUCAUGAGCCUCGCCGGCAUCAACUCGUUCCUCACUCAAAAGUUGAGCUGGAACCAGAUGAACAAGUUUCCCAACUCCUCCUUCCUGUGGGAAGGCGUCGACGGCACGCGCGUGAUCACCCACUUCCCGGCCGCUGAUACCUACUGCGCCCACGCCAAGGUGGAGGACGUCCUGAAGAGCGCCACCAACUUCAAGGACAAGGGCAGGACCAAUGCGGGCAUGCUGGUCUUCGGCCACGGCGACGGCGGCGGCGGACCCGACCGCGGCAUGCUGGAGCGCCUCCGCCGUCUGAAGAACGUGGACGGUAUGCCGCGCGUGCAGAUCAAGCCUCCGGUCGAUUUCUUCACGCGCAUCGCUGCCGACGCGCACCGCAUGGUCGUCUGGGUCGGCGAGCUGGCCAAGAACAAGCUGCACAACCGCAAGACCGAGUUCCUGCUGCACGACAUCGAGUUCUUGUCCGCCGUCGCGCAAGCCGUCCAAACGGCGGAGGGCCACGCGUACGCCUACCCUGCGGAGAAGCUCGCGGAGCUGUGGAAGCUCGUGCUGCUCAACCAGUUCCACGACGUCAUCCCCGGAUCGAGCAUCAAGGCCGUGUAUGAAGACUCGGACCAGCACUACGCUCACGUCUAUGCCGAGGGCGCGAAGCUGUUGGCUGCCGGACUGGCCCACCUCUUCGGUCCCCCUCUCUCGGCCCACGGAGCUGCGGGUGAGGGGGCGUUGGUGACGGUAAACACCACGAGCUACUGUCGCAAGGAGGUGGUCGAGGUCGACGCCAGCCUGCUGCCGACUGCCGCGCAGGUGGUGGGCGCUAAGGCGCUCGUCGCAGUGACGCUGCCGCCCUACGGCUUCGCCGCGUCCAGCUUCGCCGACCUGGGCGCAAAGGCGAGCGGCGAAGGCGAAGGCGAGCUCUCGCGGGACGGCCUCACGGUGCUCGAGAACUCGUUCGUGCGCGCCGUGUUCGAGCUCUCGGGCGCGCUGGUCUCCUUCUACUACAAGCCGCUCGAGCGCGAGGUCGUGCCCGAGGGCCGUGUGGGCAACAAGCUGGUCCUGUUCGACGACAACCCGCAGUACUGGGACGCCUGGGACGUCGACGUGUACCACCUGGAGAAGCGCUUCGAGGUGGGGCCGGCGGAGUCGAUCACCGUCGUGGAGAAGGGUCCGCUCAGGGCGGCCGUCGAGGUCACCUUCAAGCUGAGCGCCACCAGCACCGUCAGGCAGCGCAUCGUGCUCACCGCCUUCUCCUCGCGCCUCGACUUCCAGACCCACGUGGACUGGCACGAGAAGCACAAGUUCCUCAAGGUGGAGUUCCCGGUCGACGUGCGCAGCUCGCAGGCCACCUACGACACGGCCUUUGCCCACAUCCAGCGGCCCACCCACUUCAACACCACCCAGGAGCUCGCCAAGUUUGAGGUGUGCGGCCACAAGUGGGCGGACCUGUCGGAGUCGGGCUUCGGCGUGGCGGUCCUCAACGACUGCAAGUACGGCUACGCGACCCACGCCAACGCGUUCACCUACGCGCUCCUGCCCCACGCCGACUCGUUCCAGACGGGCGGCGUCAUCGAGGAGGCCUUCAAGCUCAACGCGCCGCUGCUCACGCACGUCAGCGCGGGAGUGACGGCCGUGGCGCCGUCGCUGGCCGCCAGCGCGUCGUCUACGCAGCAGCAGCGGCAGGGCUGUCUGUUCUCGGUAAGCCACCCGUCGGUGGUGCUGGAGACGGUCAAGAAGGCCGAGGAGGCGGGCGCUGCUGGGUCGUCGCUGGUGCUGCGCGCGGUGGAGUCGUGGGGCGGCCGCAGGAAGGUCCGCAUCCACUCCCACCUGCUGCGCCCGGCGCGCGUCACCCGCGUCAACCUGCUCGAGGAGCCCGAGGCGGCGGCGGCGGCCGACGCCGAACCGCUCGAGUGCAAGGAGGAGGGCGUGAUCGAGCUCGUCUUCAAGCCCUUCCAGAUCAUCACCCUCAAGCUCGACCUCCACUAG